CUAUAAGUCUCACAAUUUUUUCACAUGAAAUAAGACCUGAGUUAGACAGUACACGUACUUCUGUCUUUACUGUCCACUUUUACUUGGGGAAGGAGGACUAUCAGCUGGACAGGCUUGAAUAUUGGGCCAAAACCAAAUGGAUCAAGUUCAGCGGAGUCAAAUGUAAAGACCGGCAUUUAGUCCUGACUCCUGAAGCUGCAUUCCUGAAGAUAUCAUACAGCCCCAACCAGUCACCCAGGAUUCUGCUGAAAAUGGAAAAUGUUCCCCCAGGCCUCUCAUGUGGCAUUCUCAUCCUGAGACCUUCUGGGCUUGCCUCUUAAAGAGGCAGCAAACAACAGUCAGCAUGCCACAAACAAGCCUGGCUGGCACCAAGAAUGCACCUCACCAUCCUCUGCAUGGGUUCCCCUUGCUGGGAUAUCUUUCCAUUCAUAUGAACUGUGCCUGCUUUUCAUCUUAGGAUGACACUAAGCAGCCAGUAUCUCCUCUAUAUUACAGAUGCUAGCAUUUCUCAGCUGCUAAAGCCGGACAAAGAACCAUCGAAUCCUCAAAAGCUGCAAGUGAAGUUCAAUGUUCGCACCUCUACAGACCCAGAGGACAAAGGCUGCUACCUCACUAUUGGCCAAGACCAAUAUCUAGAUGACUGUAAAUUCAAUGUCUCUGCUAAAAGCUUCUUCAUCAUUCAUGGAUGGACGCUCAGUGGCAUGUUUGAAAGGUGGCUGGGCAGUCUGGUGUCUGCUCUGCAGGAGCGAGAGAAGGAUGCCAACGUGGUGGUGGUGGACUGGCUUGCUCUUGCCCAUCAACUCUAUACCGAUGCGGUGAACAACACCAGGGUGGUUGGAAAAGAAGUUGCAAAGCUGCUUGACUGGUUGCAGGAGAAAGAGCUCUUCCAGCUCCAAAAUGUCCACUUGAUUGGCUACAGCCUUGGUGCCCAUGUUGCUGGCUAUACUGGCAACUAUGCACAUGGGACAAUAGGACGAAUUACAGGCUUGGAUCCUGCUGGCCCAAUGUUUGAAGGAGCUGAUCCCAACAAGCGCCUCUCUCCUGACGAUGCAGAUUUUGUAGAUGUCUUGCACACGUACACAAGGGAAACGUUGGGUAUCAGCAUUGGAAUCCAGAUGCCUGUGGGUCACAUUGAUAUCUACCCCAAUGGAGGAGACUUCCAGCCGGGAUGUGGCUUGAGUGAUGUCUUGGGAGCACUUGCCUAUGGGAAUAUCGGAGAUGUUGUGAGGUGCGAACAUGAACGGUCUGUGCACCUCUUUGUGGACUCGCUUGUGAACAAAGAUAAGCAGAGCUUUGCCUUCCAGUGCACAGACUCCAGCAGGUUCAAGAAGGGCAUCUGUUUGAGCUGCCGGAAAAACCGUUGCAACAGCAUUGGCUACAAUGCCAAGAAAAUGAGGAAUAAGAGAAACAGCAAGAUGUACCUGAAGACGCGGGCUGGCAUGCCUUUUAAAGUGUACCACUAUCAAAUGAAAAUGCAUGUCUUCAGCUACAAAAACAUGGGAGAAACUGAACCUACCUUCUCCGUCACACUGCAGGGCACCAACGGGGAUUCCCAGCCUCUGCCUCUAGAAGUUUUUGAGCAGAUUGGCCUGAACUACACAAAUACCUUCCUAGUCUACACUGAAGAAGAUGUUGGAGAUGUCUUGAAGAUCAGACUCACAUGGGAAGGGUCCUCUCAGACCUGGUACAGCCUGUGGAGAGAGCUGAAAAGCUACUGGUCUCUGCCUGAGAAUUCAUCCAAAGAGCUGCAGAUCCGACGUAUCCGUGUCAAGUCAGGAGAAACUCAGCAGAAGCUCACCUUUUGUGCAGAGGACCCCCAGAUGAUGAACAUCUCUCCUGGCCGAGACCUCUGGUUUGUGAAAUGUCGAGAGGGGUGGCAGAUGAAGAACCAAACAAGAUCAGCAUCAAGCUUGCACUGAAAAUACAGUACCUCCUUGGAUGACUUUCUGGAUUCGGGGACCUAACCAGCCAAAUGAACUCAACGAAAGUGACUGCAGAAGAAAAACAGCAUGGGACAUGGUGCUGCUGCAAAGACUCUUUCCCUCCCCACCCCUCGCUCGCAUUUGCAACUGCUUGCUAUUUAAGGAUGGCGGUCUUGGUUUCCAUGAAUGACAAUGUGAACAAUAUCCCUAGUACAUGAGAAUUCCAUGUAUUUAUGGCUUCAGUGGCUAUCCUUAGAAUAACUUAUUUUUAUUGUUAAACUGUUACUAAACUGGCCCUCUCUCUGGAGAGUCUGGCUUAUGGGGCUAAACCUUCUUUUUCUACUACUAUUUGUGCCAAACACAACCUCUGUGUUUUGCCUGUUGCUUGUUCACAGAAAAUGCAUUGCACAAGGGUACAAUAAGAGGAUUGGCUGGCCUUACUAAAGGCCAUUCUUCACAACUGAUGAAUCCUGCAGUCCAGAAUUCUGUAGACUGCACCAUUUUGGACUUCAGGUACAGGAGCAUGUAUUUUGCCCCCCCCCCCAUCAAAAUAUGUCUGCUCAUUAAACAUAUUUAAGUAAUAUAGCUCAGAGAUUCUCGGUGUUGGAUCCCCAGAUGUUAUUGGACUUCAACUCCCAUAAUCCCCAACCAAAGGCCACUGGGCCUGGGGAUUAUGGGAGCUGAGGUCCAAUAACAUCUGGGGACCUAGUGUUGAGAAUCCCUGAUCUAGCUCACUCUUUUUCCAGGUGUAUUGGGUCUUGACACAAAGGGAGACUUUUACAUGGAGAAGCAUCCAUCCAGUUCUUCCUGCUCCCUGCCUGACAAUGUGAAACGGUACCAUUCCAGGAACUCUUUACCAUGUGGUGUGACUGCAUACUUAGAGUUCCCCAAUCUGGCAUGCUUGGAAGCUGAGACGUUAGUGUAACUGACAGAAUGUUUGACUUGCAGGUAUCAUCUUCUUGUGUGAUCAUGGCAAGAGUGGAGAGAGGUAAAAAAAAAAAAAAGCUAAGCAAAUUGUACCAUAAUCUCUUAACUUAAAACAUCAUGCUUUUUUAAUACCCAUGUUGAGAUCUGGAGCCUGUUUUCAUGGUUGAAUACGCGAAAACCAUGUUUCCAACCAUUAAAACAUGGUUUGAAACUCCACACAAUUGUGUACACCUCAUUGUGAAGGGAGGAGCUGUGAACAGGAUGUACACAUGGAAAGCCAGUAGCGACCACUGUAAUGGCAUCUGCAGUUUUCAAUCCUAGAGAAUUGCUGGGAGGAUUUUGAGAGGCAGCUUUUAGUACCUGAGCCACUAAGUGAAUUAUACUCUACGCCUCUUGUUCUUGAUUCCCUUAGGUGUCUAUAGGUGCAACCGCAUACCCCGGGGAAAAGGGAGGAAUGUUGUUGUUGAGUCACAUGAACACAUAAUCCUCAGUUUCUCCAUAAUCAUUUGGCCAAAGCAUCAAGGGUUCUUGUUAAAAGAUCACCCACUCUUUAUCAGCCGUUCUCCCUUUUUGUUCUUUGUAUCACAAAGAAGGCAACUAUUCUGUAAGCAUGGAGGAAAUUCACACAGCAGCGAAUAGUUUUAUCUUCACCUCUGAGAAAGAAUUCUAAAACUCCUGUAGCAAAGAACCUUUCAAAUACCUUAAACACAGCUAUUCUAAACCAAUCUGGUUUUGUAAUGGAAUUCUUAAACAUAAGGCACUUUGCAAUCAUUUUUUGUCAAGGGGCCAGAGUUAUAACUUGGUCAUUUCCCAAACUGCUUGCUAUGAAAGGACUGCUGGUAGGCUGGAAGGGAAAUUAAUGAAAUAUUGGAAGUCUCUGAGCCCCAAACAUCCAUCCAAGAAAGGAGGCCACCCUGUGGCAAGUCAACAUGAUUUAUUGCUCUGGCCUUAUUGCUGCUGGAGACGGGAAAUUCUGCCUCUGCAUCAGGUGUGAUUGCCCCAGUAAGUCACUCCCAAUAAUCAAGACAUAGAAUUACCUGCCUUUGGAGAAGGCGAUUUGCUGCAUUUUUAGGUGGUAUACUGAGAACAGUAACUUAUGCAAGAACAGUGGGAAUGGGUAGAUCCCAUUAUGUGUGUGUGUUGGGGGAGAUAAGUCUUUCUCUUGCACACACUGGAAAUAAUUUUGUUUUGUUAUGUGACUGAAGCAAUUAUACUUCCUGGUGUAAUUCCCAGGAAAAAGUUGUGCCUCAGCUAUAAAAAUGUUGUGAAACACUGUUGUAGUAGUUGGCUGACAUGCUGUGCAACAUUCCAUCUGUCUUUUAACAAAAUGUGCAUGUAGUGGCACAACAGAGCUCUUGUGCAAAAUAUAAGAAUUGCACAAAUGCACUAGUGUGAUCACUCUUGUGCACUAGCAGAGCGCUCUUGCACAACUGCCUGUAUGCUCUGUUAAAAAGUAGGAAUGUUAUGCAGUACAUCAGCCACUGUUCUACAAAUAUGCUACAGAAGUGCCCACUUGAAGACAAACUCUUGCCUUAACCACACAAAGCUAAACCAUUGGCAGCCGGUACUUGUUCCCUCUGGAGACGCUACUACAAUAUAUAUUAAGAAUUUCCCUUGUAAGGGCUAAUCAUUCUCCAGUCCCAUUCCAACCAAAGUCAAGAUUCUUCUCCAUGUACCUUGGUCCUGCCAAACCAAAACUUUGGUAACUUAGCUGUGAUGUGUGUACCAGCAAAUCUCUCACUUUAGAGAGAGAUAGAAAUAAUUUAUACUGUGGUCCUGAAGCUGUGUGUAGUUUAAUGUGUGUGUAUAUAAUGGAUUUUGUAAUACUUCUCCCCCUCUAUUUAUUUUCAGAUGUAUGUAUAUAUGUAAAGAGUCUAACUUGUUUGGAUCUAACAAGUUUUUUUUAUAAGCUUCAAGCUGAAAAAUAAACUAAGUGAUUUGUUACAA